CAAGAAUCUUUCGUCUAGCUUUUACUGUCUUCAGUGGUAAAAGACAAGAUGUCGUCGUUAUUUCAACGAUGGUUAGUUUUAUUUGGUGUGUCACUGUUGGUGAUUAAAGAUUGUGAAAGUUUUUUCAUACGGCAAAGUAAUGCGCCCAAAAAGUGUAUAACUAGAGAGAAUAGUCUGAUAUACAAUAAUCCUAGUCAUGCACUUCCUUACUGGGUUAUAAUGACUCAAAACUGCUUGGAUGAUAAAGCGCAGUUUCGUUACAAGGAUACAGAAAUAUUGUGGCAUAUCGAGUCGGGGGGAGCGUUGUUUUCUAUCUCAGCUGUUAGUUAUCGGAAUCGUUUAGCGAUAUAUGUAGCAAUAUCAACAACAGCAAAAAACACCCAAAAAGACAAAAAUCAAAAUUUGAAACAAACAAACGCUGGAUCUUUAUAUUUCUACAAUGACGGGACUCACGGGAUAUGUGUUGAGCUUUCUGGAGGUUAUCUGUAUAGAAGAACAUAUUGCGACAGAUCUAACCAGACGUUUACUUUUGGUUCAGUGACACAGUUUGGUGAUAAAAUGAAAGAUGUUCAUUGUUCUCCAAAACAACGUAUGGUGAUCCACAAAGCUCAUUAUGGAGAUUUCAAUAAAAGCGGGACAUUUGAUGCUACCGCAACUGUUGAUGCGCAGUGUAGUGGACAAGCAAGUUGUCAGCGUCCAACAUAAGACUAUCAAAGCCACCCAACGAAGGUUUUAUUGAAGUGAAGAAUAAUGACACAACGUGGAGAAAAGUUAUUGAAGAGAAUUGGGAUAAAGAUCGUCAAAAAACGCUGUGUGAACACUUGGGAUUUAGCGAAACGAGCGCUAAUACUAUUAGAAACAUGGAGAUAGCUGCAAAUGAAGAAAUUGCAACUGGAGAUUUGGUGUGUUAUAACACAGGAUCAGGUGGAACAUCCUGUUGUGUCCAUCUUGUUCCCUCUACCACGAAUUCAAGUGGUUAUAUACCAUAUGCUGAGUGUAAGAUGUGCGAUAAACCAGCGUUACUCCAAGAUGAAACUACUUUUGCAGACUCUGUGUUUUCUGGUAGUGGCUCUUCUGGUUAUAGCAAUGCAAGAUUUACCAAAGAUGGUUGGUGUACCCAGACACCACAAACACAUUAUCUUUUGAUUGAUCUUUUGAAAGACUAUCACAUCACACAAGUCGUGACAAUGGGUAACAAAGAUCAGACAAAGUGGAGUGAUCAAUACACAAUGACAUACAGUCAUGAUGACAGUUUUAGCAAUAGCAGACAGAUCACUGGAAAUCAGAACGGCUAUCAAGCUUCGAUAACGGCUCUCAAUAUUUACAACGUGAGACAUAUCAAAAUAAAAUCAACUGGAACAAAUUAUUUUUGUCUGAGAAUAGAACUUUGUGGAAAAGUCCAAACGCCUGCUCCUGUACAGGAUAUUAAAGUUACACCAUCGAAUACCUCGGCAGAUGUCACAUGGAAGAUACCAGAACCUAAAGACUCAAGUUACAUAACGAACUACAAUAUUUUCAUCAACGGAAAACUCCAACAAAGUAUAUCCCGGGAGACAUAUGGCAAUAAAUUUACUAUUCGUGGACUUAAACCAUACACUGACUAUAAAGUUGAGAUUGAGACAGAAGAUGGUUCAGGAGAGAAAGGCGGUAAAGUUUCUGAAGAUUUCAAAACCAAGGAAGAAGUUCCUAGUGGUCCUCCAAUGAAUGUGACCUAUAUAUUCCGAAGUAAAUAUUCACUAGAAUUAUCCUGGAUGCCUCCAGGAAGCGAUCUACGUAAUGGAAUACUGACAGGCUAUCAAGUUUGUUAUUCUUCCCAAACCAUGUCAACUAGUCCGAAAUGUACUCAAACGAAUACGACAUUGUCAUAUACUAUCGAUAAUCUUAAACCAUCGACAAAGUAUAUUGUGACUGUUGCGGCUGGUACAAGUGUUGGUUUUGGCAACAAAAGUGCGAAAAUCAUUGAAACGACAAAUGAAGGGCCAGUCAAUUUAAUCGCGACUUCGUUUUAUACUUUGACUGUAAACAUACCAAAACCACAGGAAUAUAUCAAAGAAGUUAUGGUCAUCGUGCAAAGUUCUGCGAAUGAUCAAGUUUCAAGCGAAGACAUUAAAACAAGUGAUCUGAAAAAUUUCCAGUCAAACACACGGGAUCCUUACAUCACUGCUUAUUUGAAAGCUGAUGUUUUACCCUUGAUGUUCGUAAUAGGAGAUGGCAAGAGUUACAAUUCUGAAGACGAAAAUUACCACAACCAACCUUUAACGGCAAAUUCAAAUUAUGUGGUGUUCUUAAGGUUUUUUGAAAGUCAAAAAGUAUGAUACAACGCAUAUAUACCUUCCUAGGAUUCAUACUACUCGACAGAGUGGAGUGAUAGCAUUUACACAAUGGGGAGACCUUCAGAUGGAAGUUGAAAACAGUCAGUUCACGAGUGUACGGAAGACAAAACCCGGCUUGAUCUCCUUAUACCACUGAGUAUUCUAGCAUUGUGCCUUCUUCUCUCGAUUGGCGUAAUCAUAUAUCUAUCUCGUCGUCUAAACAGUUAUUCUAGCUCUGAAGGAGUUGGCCAAGCAAUGGAGCUGGAUUCCGUUCAAAAACCUACCAAUCGCCAGACUGAAGAUGCAAAUGACUGUGUUCCUGUGUACGAGAUUCCAGACGAAAUUGAGCGUAAUGAGGCUGCACACGAGACACGCAAAGAACAGGAAUCAUCGAAUGACAUGCCGUUGAAUGACAACAGACAACCAACAAUCGUUUAUCAGUCACUGCAACCCCCCUGGACCAAUAAUGGUGAAAGUCAUCCUAAGGGGAAUGGUGAAUCAAUGGAAUACGAAAAUGCUGCCUUCAAUUGAGAUUUUAAUUCUUACUGAUAGAUGUACUGAAAAUGCAUGUAUUGCUGAACCCAAUAUUUAGUGCAGGUAUGUUCAAAUGACGAUUUCCUGUAAUUCGUAACACCCUGCACAUAGAUGGCAUUUAAAAUUCAAGUCAUCAGAGGAUUAGCUGAUUUUUUUAUUCAAGGACAUGCAAAAUUAAAUAAUCCGCAUAAAUCUUCAGUCUUUCCCUCCAAACUUUUAUUAAAUAUGUAAAAUUUUGCCAAUCCGAUUAUCAUCAGCAGAAUUCCACGGGCGCUUUUUCUCAGCGAAAUGCGAAACAUUUCGCCUGUUUUUUUUCAAUUUUGACUACUUGAAUCAAUUAAUUCUGCUUCAAUCCUCACAAUUCAAAAGAAGCAGGCGAAGUAUUUUGCAUUUCGCCGAGAAAAAGCGCCCGUGGAAUUAGGGCUUUAUACCAAGUUUUUUUAAAAAAAAGGAAUAUAUUC